CACGGGAGAAACGUCAACAACUUCAGAUUAAAUCAUUCAGGUUCAGUUCAGUCAGCUUUCAGUGAAGAAAAUGAUGGAAAAUCCUUCGCAUCGAAAUCCGCAGAAAAGUGCCCGUCCUGGUCGUCGUUAGUGUGAGAGGAGGAAAACCCCGUGUUCGAUCCGUCGCGGUCCCGCUAGGAGUUUUCCACGGAAUCGCGAAAUCCGCAAAAUUAUCAACGGUGACCGUGAAAAAUAGCAAGCCAGUGAGUUCCACAUUAAAAUGUAAAUGGCACACAUCAAGCACUGAAACGAGCAGCCAACAGAAGUGAGAAGGACGUUGAACGAAAUUGUGAUUUUCAUUUUCGAGUGACACCAAUCCAAUAUUUGCAAAUUUCCUCGAAUGCCUGCAUCGACGCACUAAAACACCAUGGCCGAAGCAAUCAUCUCCGACUGGAUAUCGGACUACAGCUCGCUGCAGGAGUCCGAGCUGCGCACCUUUGCCGCCCAGCACGAAAAUGACUUUGAGAUCUCAAAGGCGCUGUACACCAUCCUGAACGAGCGGGCCAAGUACAAGGAUCUCAUCUACCCAGUCUGCAACCAGCUGUGUAGCUUCUACCGCUCCAGUGAGGUCGAGCUGCGGCGCUUCACGCUGCAGUUUGUGCCGAUCCUGAUCUACCUGUAUCUGAACUCGGUCACGAUGGGCGACAAGAAGGGCUGCCGGUCGAUCGAGACGUUGCUGAUUUGCAUUUACAACAUCGAGGUGAGCGCGGACGACGGGAGUCCGAAGGUGGUGUCGUUCCGGAUACCGGUGCUGGCGCAGGCGUCGAUCUACCAUGAGGAAAAAAGCCUCCUCCCGAGCGAUCUGCGCCGUUGGGAAGAAAACAGCAACAAGGAAAUCAGCUGGGGCCCGCUGCCCUCGAUUGAGUCGAUCAACGCGCAAAACCGGCUCAAGGUGAUGACGGCGCUGCUGUUCACGUACAACCAGCAGCUCAACCAGAUCCGCAAACCCGCCCUGUACCACCUGUGCAAGACCACGUCCCAGCUGGCGACGCAGGGAUUCGCCAAGAUCGGCCACGUGCAGCGCGCGUCCUACGGAACCGACCCGACCUCGCCACCCUCGUCCUCGUCACCGGGCAGUGGUGCGUCGAAUUCGCCCACCCUCGCCGGCACCAAGUCGUUACCGCGGAUCGCCGUCAGUUCGCAGUUCCUGGUGGAGCUCGCGCACGCCAACUACUUUGCCAUGUUCAACGAAUUCGCGUCGGCGGCGAUCGAGGCCGUGAAGGACCUGCACCAGCGGGCCUGCUACGAGAUGCUGCCGGAGGUGAUACUGGUGACGAACGCGAUUCGAAACUCGUUGCACGCCAAUCCUUCUGGUCAACCAAGUGACGGUCCAAUGGGCAUCAGUGUGGCGCUGACGCCGGCAACCACGACCGUGACCGUGUCCAAAUCGAUGAUCACGAACGCAUCGUUCCGGACGAAAAAGCUUCCAGACGAUCUGGAAGUAGAGUUUGUCAAUAGUCUCCAGUCGACGCAGCAGGAGAUGAUGAACAAGCUGGCGACGAUCGAGGGGACGACUGCGGAGGGCGUAGUUCUGGUGCCGAACGGCGGAGCCAACGUUGGAGAGGAACCCACCGGCGAUGGUUCGCGACCGGAGCAGGUGAAAAAGAAGGAAUCUCGCAAGUGGAAGAACUGGGGCUGGAAGAGCAACGCGAACCCGAACGCACCCAAGCAGUCCAGCAUCGAGGAGGAAGCGGAAUCGCCGAAAAAAUCCAACUCUUCACGGCACUCGAGUCCGGUCGAGUCGCCCAAGCACAAACUGUUGCUCGGGAAUGGGGGCAAAGUUGGGGAAGAUCUGGCGAACAGUAGCAAUAGCAUAUCGCCGGCCUCGUUGCGACGAAAGAAGUUUCUCACCAGCAAGAAUCAGUCCCCGGUGAACCGGUCGGAAGCGAGGGCAAGCGCCGGUGCGCGGUUGUACGAGGAGCUGGAUAGUCUGCAGGACUCGGAUGAGGAACUGCAGGCGCUGAUCGUGAACGGCCGACCCGCCACCAUUCAUCUGAUACAACCCUCGACGAUCCCAGACGACAUCCCGAUCCAGGGUCCCAAGGAGGAGAACGGCCAGCUGAGCAGUAUUAACGAGGAAAGUGAGAGUGGCGCCGCCGACGGCGGUCCCAACAAGGCGGCCUCCACAACGGCCGGCAAGACGAAGGACUCCAAAACCCACAAGGUGCUCGUUGGCUUCAAGAAGCUGAAAGACAAGGACAAAGACAAGGACGACGGCGGGGGCGGCGGCGGCGGCGGCUCGAAAAAAUCCUCCGGCGUCGGUGAUAAGCCCACCAAGGAAAAGCUCACCGGCAAACAGUCGCUGCAGAUGCAGACGGGCAGCGCCGAGCUGAUUGAGGCCGAAAAGACCAGCCCACUGACGAUGGCCAAGCGCAAGAGCACCAGCGUCGAUGUCAUCAGCGUGCCCGCGGCGGCAACGACGACCACGACAAUUCCGCCGAUGGCCAACGGUGGGAUUUUGCUUGGAAGUGGCGGCGGCGGCGGUGGUGAUGACAAGGACACGCUGGAACGGAACGGUGGCAUUAAUCCGCUGGAAGUGGGUGAAUCGUUCGAUUCCGGCAACGAAAUGACCAUCACCAACAACAACAACAACAAUAACAACAACCACUCGACGGAGAAAUCGGUGCUGGAGAUGAAGAGCCACGGCAGUAUACAAGUUAGUCAAGUUUAAGAGUCCUAAUUGGAGCGUAAAAGAUUGUAUCAUCACCAGCUUGUAGCGCGCGCGCGCAGGGCUGGUGUUUGUGUGUUUUAGUUUUGUAAUUUUGUUUGUUUCUUUUGGCUUUUAAGUUUGGUGUAAGAUUGCUAGUUUUUUUCCUCGCCGAAAACGUAGGAAUUUUCGGGGGUUGUGUUCUGCGAACUGCGAUAUUCGACGUGCGGAGGAAGUUGCUGCCGGCUGAAGUUUGAACUGUUUGACGAACGGUGAGGGAGUGGUUAAUUAUCAGUUGUUGUCCCAUAGAGCUGCUGUGGGAGUUUUGUUUUGAUAAACUAAGGUAAUUUCCUAAUAAAUGCUUCAUUACUUUUCUUUAUCACAUAGCUCAAACUUCGUUUUUUUGUUGUUUUACAUUUGGUUGUCUAAUUUUCAAUUUGUUCAAAGUACCAUGCUUCUCCAUCGAAAUCAAUUCUCAGUACUUACUGAUGGGCAAAACAAGAGCAAGCCGCUUUAAGAGCCGUUUCACUAAAAAGAGCAAACGAACCAUGGUUAACAAAAAAAAAAAAGAAAGAACCGCAG